AUGGAAUGCGAUCCCUUGCCUCUGUGGAUUUCAACAAACAGAAGCAUCGUGGAAAUCAACCAAUCAGAGCAGAAAGCCUAUAUUAUUAUCUCUACCAAAUCAAGAGCAAUAUUCUUCGACUUUAAUUUUGAGUAUAAAGAGAUUUACUGGGUGGAAGAGGAAGAUGGUGUGGGGCUGUCGACCAGGAUGUACAAAAGUGGAUUGCGCAACAUAAACAGGACGGGAGAAGAAGGUGUUGUAAAGGAGCCGGGACCUCGCCUCCUGGUGGAGAUGGGACCUUGUGGGGGUCUAGCCCUGGACUGGUUACACUCGCACAUGUAUUGGAUACACAGGGAUACUGGCCUCAUAAUGGUGGCAACAUUGGACGGAGGACACAGAAGAGUGGUGUACAAUAAUGCAAACAGUGACAUCUUCACUAUAGUAGUGGACCCGGUGAGGAGGUAUCUUUUCUGGACUGAGACUUCCUGGGUAAACUCGUCCUUGGCCGCCCCAGCAGACAUCGUAGCCUCAGACCUGAGGGGAGAGCAUGUUCAUGUGGUCGCUCCACGUGCAGUGGAGGGGGUGAGGACCAUCGCCUUGGACGUGACGGAACGACGGCUCUACUACAUGAGCCGGCCCAGGGUGUUGGCUGUUUGCGACUACGACGGGGGCAACAGGGUGAUAGUUCGGGCUGAUCUACCAUUCCCGCCAUCAUUCUCUAUCAGCAACAAACAGCUGUUCUGGACAUCUGCCGAGGGAGAAGUGACGACCGCAUUGAAACACACCGACAACGAGGAGAACACAUUCCCUGUCAAGUUGUCACUGUGCCAGCGAUGCUCCCAUGUGGAGAGAGCAGCCAUGUUUGGACCACAGACGUACUUGAGGGUGGUGGAUGGCAGGAUGCAGCCGAUACCAGACACUGAUCACCACUCGUACUCGCAGUGUCUGCUCAACAUGACGACAGCGUCCGAGGUUUGUCCGUGUUCCUUCGGCUACAUGAUCAACAACCGCAGCCAGGCCUGCAAGGAACAAGGGUACUUCUUGGCAUCUUUUGGCUCGGAGCUCCAAGCAGUGUCAAUGAGAGGCAGAAGACUUCCUCUGCUUUACAAGAGACAGGCUCUACUCAGCUCCGUGGACAUUCACUUUGUCAAGGGCUUGUUGUUCUGGUAUGACUUGGCGGAGGCUAAAAUAUUCAGAUCUCCACUGCUCAGUCCCUCCCAGAGAUACACGGUUGCCUUGAUGGUGAGAGGUACCUCCAGCCUGGCAGUGGACUGGGUGUACGACCACAUCUACUGGACCAGCAACACUCCGGCGGGCGGCUGUGUGGAGGUGUGUCGUCUGGACGGCUCAUCCAGGACCAUAAUUGUAGCCAGGGACAUCAACAACCUGCUCAUGUCUGUAGCCGUACAUCCUGCCGAGGGAAAAAUGUAUCUUGCAAACUGGACGGAGGGGAGUGUGGAGGUGUUGGGUAUGGACGGAACACGACUACAGAGACUAGUGAGUGGACUAAAGCAACCGAGGAGUCUCACAAUAGACCUCUAUGGUAAUGAGCGACAACUUUACUGGCUGGAGUCUGUAGAUUACAAGGGUCAAAGGUCCACCACCAUAAUCAAGGCCUGUUACCUGGAGAACGGUGAGUCGUGCAGAGUUGUAUACAAGAGUCCUCCUGGAAAUCGGCCUUCCUCACUGACAGUUCUAGCCAAUAAUGUGUACUGGUUGGAUGGAUACAAAAUCAACUACAUCGGGCCCAACCAGAAAACUAGACCUCGGAAGAUAGAAUUGAGCAACAAACAGUUGGACUCUCAGUGUCUCAAGGUGGUACACUCCUACAUACAGCCUCUCACCACCAACAACUGUGUGUUCUCAUCAUGUCAAGGACUGUGUGUACCACUGCCUCGGGACCUGGGACAGACUGAUGUACGCUGUGUGCUACUAGCUGCUAAUAACAUUGACAUGAUGUUGUAGGACUCUCAGUGUCUCAAGGUGGUACACUCCUACAUACAGCCUCUCACCACCAACAACUGUGUGUUCUCAUC